CAGAGUUAUUAACGCUGCCGAAACAUGCCGAGCUCUGCGUCGCUCUUCGGUCGUUGCCCGCAGCAGCAACUGCUGCGGACGUCACGCUUUGCGGGCAGCAACCCAUCAUGCAGCCCUGUGUGUCGAGCACGUCGGCUCAUAGUUAUUAACUCUGCAAAGGACCCAAAUGCGCCUAUCCAGAGCAACCCCCUCGGCUCGCUGUCCUCCCAAGCCGGAACGGUGACUCCGCUGCCUCGCAGCGAGGAAGCUCGAAAAUACUUUAGAACGGUGUACGAUUUCCCACAAUGGCGGUCUCAUCGAAGUCAGUAUCGGCUCGUGCAGCGGCUGUUCACCAUUCCACAGUCCCAUGUCAUCCAAAACGCGCUUCCCGCCAUCUCCUGGGUGACCCUGGUUGCCACCCUGGUUGCCUCGUACGGCACCGCCUCCGAGGCGCACCUGCUGCCCGAGGGCCUGCCGCCGCUCAGCCCGCACGCCGCCGCCGCCUCCUUCGUGUCCAACACCUCCGUCGCGCUGUCGCUGCUGCUGGUCUUCAGAACCAACUCCAGCUACGGCCGCUGGGACGAGGCGCGCAAGAUGUGGGGCGGGCUGCUCAACCGCAGUCGCGACAUCAUGCGCCAGGGAGCCACCUGCUUCCCGCCCGAGCAGCUGGAGGCGCGCAAGGCGCUGGCGCGCUGGGUGGUUGCGUUCGCCCGCUGCCUGCGCCUGCACUUCCAGCCCGAGGCGAGCCUGGAGGAGCAGCUGCGCGGCGUGCUGACACCCGCGGAGCUGGACAUGCUGGCUCGCAGCCAGCACCGACCCGUGAGGGCCAUACACGCGAUCAGCCAGAUCAUCCAGUCCGUGCCGCUCCACCCCAUCCACCAGCAGCAAAUGAGCGCCAACCUCACCUUCUUCCACGACGUGCUGGGCGGCUGCGAGCGGCUGCUGCGCGCGCCCAUCCCCGUGUCGUACACGCGACACACCGCGCGCUUCCUGUUCGCGUGGCUGACGCUGCUGCCGCUGGCGCUGUACCCGACCCUGGGCUGGGGCGUGGUGCCGGUGUGCAGCGGCAUCGCGGCGGUGCUGUGCGGCAUUGAGGAGAUCGGGGUGCAGUGCGAGGAG